AUGUCAUUACCAGAAUUUAUCUCAUCUUGGGUCCAAAUCUCCAACAAAGAAGAUUUCAUGUUCCAACUCAAUGAUGCCGAUGAAAAUCAACUUGUAGUAGUUUACUUUGGUCAACCAAAUUGUAUUGCUUGCGAUUUGGUCAAAGAUUUUAUGAGAGCCUUACCAGGUAGAUACCCAAAUGCCGUUUUCUUCCAAGUUCCAUUUGGUUCCCCAGUUAACUGUUGA